AUGGCGGCAGGCCCCUAGGCGGAGCCUGUUGCAGGUGUGCUCCGCCUGCGGGGCGGAGGGAAGAUGGAGUCGGAAGAGGAAGAGCCCGAGGCGAAGCGGCGGCGGCUCCAGUGUGUGGAUUUCGCUGCCGUGGCGAGCUGCGACGUGGCCGUGGCGCAGUGCUACCUAGCCGAGAACGACUGGGAGAUGGAAAGGGCGCUGGACUCGUACUUCGAGCGGCCGGAGGAGGAGAGCGCCUCGGAGAGCCGCCCGUCGGAGCCCGCGGCCUGUGUUGAUCUCACCAGUGAAGAAACAAGUGACUCCAUUAGUUCUAAAGCCAGCCGGUCCGAGACCACGCAGGAGGAUGGCAGCAUGUUCUCUCUCAUCACCUGGAACAUUGAUGGAUUGGAUCUAAACCACCUGCAAGAGAGGGCUCGGGGAGUGUGUUCCUACCUAGCUUUGUACAGCCCAGAUGUGAUAUUUCUACAGGAAGUAAUCCCGCCAUAUUAUAGCUACCUAAAGAAGCGAGCAAGUAAUUAUGAAAUUAUUGCAGGUAAUGAAGAAGGAUAUUUCACAGCUAUAAUGUUGAAGAAAUCCAGAGUGAAAUUAAAAAGCCAAGAGAUAAUUCCUUUUCCAAAUACCAAAAUGAUGAGGAACCUUUUGUGUGUGCAAGUGAGUUUGUCCGGGAAUGAACUUUACCUUAUGACCUCCCAUUUGGAGAGCACCAGGGGCCAUGCCGUGGAACGGAUGAAUCAGUUAAAAGUGGUUCUACAGAAAAUCCAGGAGGCUCCAGAAUCAGCGACUGUUAUAUUUGCAGGAGAUACAAAUUUAAGGGAUCAAGAAGUAACCAAAUGUGGUGGUCUACCCAACAACAUUUUGGAUGUCUGGGAGUUUCUGGGCAAACCUAAGCAUUGCCAGUAUACAUGGGACACCCGGGUGAACUCUAACCUGGGCAUAGCUGCUCCUUGCAAGCUGCGCUUUGAUCGGAUAUUCUUCAGAGCAGCAGCAGACGAGGGCCACAUUAUUCCCCGAAGUUUGGACCUCCUUGGGUUGGAAAAACUGGACUGUGGUAAAUUUCCUAGUGAUCACUGGGGCCUUCUGUGCAACUUGGAUGUCAUAUUGUAAAAAACUGUUCAACUAGGAGUUUUAAGAUUUUGCAAAUGUAAUUUCUGUCAGGAAAGGAAAUUUUGACAUAUUGACAAAUUGAGAUACUGGAUCAUUGUUAUGGGUGAAAAACUAAGGUUUACUUUUGUGAGUUGUAUCUUCAGAAUUGAGAGUUGAAUAUUUUCUAAAGCAUGCCUAUAUUCAGAACAUGAGGCAUUUAAAUUAAAGGACACAAAGCCAGUUGGAGCUUUUACCAGCGCUCAAAGCUGCUAACCUAAUGGAAUUCCAAGCAGGGCCUCAUUGUCUGGGGGCUAACCUUUGUAGCUUUUUUUUUUCUUAAUCAGGCACCAAAAUAAUGGUAUUUUAAAUACAUCUUAAAAAUGAAUUUGAAUUAAAAAGAGGUUACUGAGUUUUGGAACUGGAUCUGUUAGUUAAAGUCUGCAAACUUUGAUGCUCUGAAAUGUGAAAGUACCAUCAUGUGCCGACAACUGA